AUGAAAUAUUCUCUUAGUUUGAGAAGGAGAGCAACCCACGCCUGCGCUCUAUUAGGAUCCAGAAAACACAUCUGUACCAGUAAAUUCGGUGGUCCAGUUAACCGAUCGGCUAGUUGCUUCGCGAAUUCCGCGAGACAGGUCUCGAUCACGAUUUUCAUUCCUUUGGUUUCUCGUAAAAACUAACUGUAUGUAAAUCGUUCAAAUCGGCGACCUAAGCUUUUUUUAACAUUCAACUGCGGCAGUUUAUAUUUUUGCAAUAUCUCUCUUAUUUUUCAUUGUAGUGAAAAUUUUACUGUGAAAGUUAGAACGUCAGACAUUCCUUAGUACAAUUAAGAAUUUAAUCACUAUAAUUCAUAGUUGAAAUUUUACAAAUCUUUCUUCUUAUUCUUUUUAUUUUAGUUUCUUUGAUACAAAUUUGGUAAAUUUGUAACUGUUUUAGAUCAUAGAAUUGUAAUUUUCAUGCAAGUUUCAUAAUUAUUUAAAAAUUCGAAUGAUUUCUCGUAAUUUAUCGUAUUAUAAAUUUUCUUUUAUUUUCUUGAGUUUUAUAAGUUUGAAUUUCGAAAUAACUUUUCAUAAAAUCUAUGAAUGAAAGCUUAUACUGUAUUUUAUUGUAUAUUUUCUAUACAUCGGUUUUAGUCAUUUAGUCUUAAAACUUUUUUCAAAUUCCAAAAACAAAAUUAAAAAAUCAGUAUCAGUAUUGUAAUUUCACGUUCUAAUUUCAUCCGCUUGCAAAGAUUCUUCUUAAAAUAUUAGAAGUUCCUCUAUUUAUCGAAACACGAAAAUUGAAGUAGAGCAAUAAUAAAAUAUUUAAUGUAUUAUAAUAUAAAUAUUUAAUAACAUGUUAAAUCAAAUUAUAAUAUAGUAACAAUAAUAAUAAUAAUAUAUUAAAUUAAAUUAUAAAUAUUAUAUUAGAUUAUAUUAAAUUAUAAAUAUAUAUUAAAUUAAAUUAUAAAUAUUAUAUUAGUAAUUCAAUAAUACUUUAACAUUAAUUUAAUACUAUUAAUUAUAAUGCUAUAUAACAUAAAUAUUUUGUAGAUGUUCCUGUAAAAGAUGAAAGUGGAAACAUGAUUUACAAAACAAUAUGUAAUUUACAAGGAAAACAAUGAAACUGUAUCAACAAAGGUGUGUAAUUUAAAGGUGUGAAAUAACAAUAUCUGGUAUUGUGUUUGAAGUGAAACUUCAAAAUGUAUUUAUAAUUUAUUGUAGAUAAUUUCCAGUGUACUGUGUCCAAACGUUUCACCCGAAUGGAUCAUUUUUUCAAAGAUAAAAAGAAUGAGGAUAGCUAGAAGAAGAAAACUAGUAGAUUAGAAGCGUGAUUUAUUGAAAGAAAUGUGACUCGAAUGAAUCGAAAUAAGAUUUUCUGUAUAACGUGCUUCUGUUUGUCUGGUGUUCCAUAAAUGAUUCGCAUCAAUGAACUCAGAACCGGCAGCGUCUACUUCCUACGAAGGUAAGCGCUCUUUCUGUUGAUUUUAGGUAAAGAUCUGCUUGAAUAGAAGGAUUGUGCUGACGAUAACAACACUGUUGAAACUGCUGAUAAAACUGUGAAUUAAUUCGUUCAUUCACUUUUGCUAUUUUCUUUUUUUUUUUUUUUUAAUGAUGUGCUGAACAGUAAAAUCACACAUUAUACAUUAUAUAAUAUAACAUUUACAACUGAGGAUUUUUAUUUCCGCAUAAUUGGAAAUGGAACUUAAAUUUGUUCCUUCUGUCAGUUAUUAUAAUAAAUAUUCUAAUUUGUCUGUAAAAAGUUGUAUAAGUAUAAGAAAUAUUGUAAAAAGUUCUUCAUUCUGUAUAGCUUUGCACGUUAUCGCCAUUUUGUAUAUUUUUGGACUCACAAAUUUUCCAUGAAUGCAUAAAUGUUUUCAGUUUUAUACACAAUUGCGAAACUUUUAUAUGUUUAUAUAAGAAAAUAUAUCAUAUAAAGCAAAGUAUAGCUGCUUUCAAUAAUAUCUAGUACAUAAAAUAAUUUUUCGACCAAAAUUCUAUUUCUUUUUAAUUAUAUAUUCUGAAAUAUAAAAUAUAAAUAUAAAAUUUAAUAUAAAUUUACACGAAAAUUAUUAUUUUGAAUAUUUUAACUAAAUUAUACGUUUUUAUAUCGUGAUUGGAAUAAUUGUCAAUUAUUUCUAAUGACUGUUGUAUCAUGAGAAAGAUUGUCUUUUACAUUAAUUCAAGUAUGUAAAUAGUUUUUUUUUUUCUUCAGAAAUAA